UUGAUAUACACCGAGAUCACGGUAGCCAACUCAAUCUGUUUAUUUCACAAAACAAACAUAUUUGACAAGUGACAACCAAUUUGACAGUGACAAUUUGUCACAUGGAAUCGCUUUAUUUUUUUUUAUGUAUUGCGUGCAAUGAUAUGUUUUGCUGCAUAUUGUAAGCAUUAAAAAUGAGUUGUACAUUCUCUAUCCCUGUUAUACAUCAUGAUCUGCGACAAGAAGAAGCUUUUGUGCAAAUUGCUUCUGCCCUGGACUUGCUAAACAAUAGUGUGAAUGAUACAUUCCAGCGAAUUGAGAAAAGAAUCGAUGAGAAUAAGACAAAAUUGGAGAAAAUUAAAAAUCGAAGCAAUGUUGUCCGAACAAAAAUAGAACAAUUAACUGGCAGUAAUAAGUCAACAAAGGUUUUCUCCAGUGCAAAAUAUCCAGUGUCAAAUGAUUAUGAUUGUUACAAUGGCCUCUUCAAUGAGAAUUUUCCUGUCAAACCUAAUUUCUCAUAUAGAAUUACUAGCAAGCAUCAACCUCUGGAGAGUAAAACAUUAGGUGAAAAGCUUCAAUUUUAUCAUGUGAAGUUAGGAAGUAAAUCCCAUAGAAAAAACUUGGAAGUUACUCCUGAAGAAGGACUUGGCUGCCUACCAUGGGACUUAGGUUCUGUUACAUCCCUGUUGUUAUUUAACACCUCUGAAAAUCCGUAUCAGCGUUAUGUUCAACUUGAUCCUCUUGGUGCUAUCAGUCGCACUCGGCAAGCUCUUCUUGAAGAGCAGUCUGCCCCAGAAGCUCCUCCCAUUUCAAUUUCUCAGAGAGAUCAACCAGAGAGACCUUUGGCUGAUUCAUAUUUCUACAGUCCAGGCCUUGGGGAUGUGCCAUUAAUAGAUGUGCCCCUGGAUUUGCCAGAUUUGCCGGUUAUAACUGAGAUAGAUUUUUGAUAUAUUUUAUGUGUGUUAUGCAGGUGUUGCUGAUGAUUUGCGAUAUAGUGUGGAUAUGGGACCUGUUAUUGCACCUUCUGUAUCAACUACUCCUUCUUUGCCAGAUUUGCCUGUUGUUUCCGAUAGUCCAUCUAAUACCACUGAAACAAAAUCAUUACAAACUUCUUCCAUGACCCCUCAUGCACCAAAUUUCUUUUCUCCUUCUCCACAGCAACCUGUGCCAUCACUGGAAAUUCAGCAGCAAUCUGCUCCUCCAGCACCGCCACCACCCACCACAACAACAAUGGUGUGUAUCCUCCCUUGUCAUUGCGCUUACAGCUCAAACCAACAGUCCUCCAGUUCUCACCACUUCCUCACUCUCCUAUCCAUCAAGGUUUCUGAGGAGGCAGAAGUAAUUUCAGCACCGCAAAAAUUGGAAAAGUUUUUCUCAGGUGCCUAAGCUUCAAGGUGGUGAUCCAAGAGCUAAUUUGAUGGAAGCAAUUCGACAAGCAGGAGGAUCUGGCAAAGCUAACUUGCGCUCUGCUAAGCAAAUGAAAAUUGAAACUCGAAAACGGAUGCAGGAAGAGAAAGUCAGCAGCAGUUCUGAUUUAAUGGCUGAUCUACACGCUAAACUUGCUCUAAGGAGAAAGGGUAUAUCUGGAGCAAAUAAGACAGAAGUGUCGGUAGGUAAUGCUAUGCAGCGUGUAUCAGCAAUGAUUCCACCACCACAGUUCUCUGAGCCAGAGUCAAAUUUACAAGAAGAUGAAGAAGGAAUGGAUGAAGACUGGGACUAAUAUGCUAUUCCUUGCUAGUGAUGGUAGUGAAUUCCUUUGAGAAUGAUGAAUUUAUAAAUUGUACAUUUAACUCGGAAUUUGAUGCUCAGGAUCGUGAAUCAUUGUAAAAGAAAAGACAUUGUUGGAUACGCUUUUCAUAAAAAUAUAAGAUAUAAAAGAAGGAAAAGGACGAAAGAAUUAAAAGAAAAAGAAAGUAAAUAUGAAACCCAAAGCAGAUUAUAUGUUUAAUAGUUCAGUUAUUGUGAUAAAAAAAAGGUAUGGCAGAAGUAUUGAACCUUGCCCUUUAGUAUUUCAACUUACUUUCUUCAUUGAACUUUUUUGAAAUUUUAUUAAAUUAAAUCUUCAUGAAAUUAAAUUAAGAAUUAAAAGAAAAAGAAAAUUAAUUUAAAACUGAUGUAAUUAAAGAGAUAAUUCGAUGAAUAUGUUAACAUGUUAAAUUAUAUUAAAGUUUCAUUUAAUCUUUUAUUUAGAGGGGCCACUUUUCUUUAGCUUGGCUCUUCCAUCUAUGAGUGCUGUGAAGGGUGUAAAGAGGGCAGGAGCAUGCUUACUUGCAGUUUUGCACAAAAAUGCAGUAAUAAUUUUGUGUUGCUCAGACUGAUUUGUUUAAUGUAAAUUAUGGACACCAUAGCUCAGAAUCCCAUCAACUUUAAAAUGUGCAUUCAAAGUAAGCCAACUUGCUGUAAAAAUAGUGCAGUUUUAAAGUGCUGGGAUUUUCAAUUUACAGAAUGAAAGUUUCUUGGCCACAGCCCAAUACUUCCAUGCAGAAUGGCUUCCCUAAACCAAAGAUUAACUGAGCUUUAAAUAAAACUUAAUAUGUUUAACCUUUUAGCUCUUCAAAAGUUAAAUUAUUCUGAUAAAUAAUAUUGUGAAUGUAUCAUAUUAUUAUCAUAUUAUUGUCAUAUUAUAUAUAUGUUCUUUACUUUUAUUGUAUAAAAUCUCAGAGUUAAAAUAAAAAGUUGAGAAUGAAAUUGUUCAAUUAUUGUGAAAUAAAGUAUGGUGAAAACAUCAAUUAUUGCUCUUUACUCAUACUAUUUCGACAUUCUUUUGUGAUAAUACUUCUGUGAAAUAUGGGGAGUUAUGAUCAAAUCUCAAAAUGUUUUAUUGCUGUAAGUGAAUUGUGACAUGUCAUAUACAAUAGGAGAAAUCUGUCUUCUACUUACAUUGUUGAAUGUGGGUUGUUUUAUUAGAGUAAUAAAACAAUUUUUGGACUUACUGCCAAUCAUAAAAGUCUAGAACCCGAUCUGGCUGCCUUCAGUAAACAUGAG